GAACACGUGCAGAGGUGAAGAAAAGAUGUUAGAGUGAUUAUGAAUACGUAUAGUGCAUCGUUUCUACAUAAAACAUCUGAUAAGCCCAGCCGAUUUAUGAUUUAGUGUUAACAUACAGAAGCUAUAUGCUACUUCCUUAUUGUAGAGCCGGUGGAAUUUUAACUUUCACUUUUCAUGUAUUUUUUUAAAAAAAAACAACAAGGAAAUAAGUGCGUAAAAAUCCUCUUUGAGAAAUAUUUAUUUUUACCUCUUUUCUCUUAAAACUUGGGAUCUUAUGCUUUGGUUUUGAUGUAGUCGUUACAGGAAAAUAUUUUUUUAAACAAGUGUUUUAAUAUACGAUAGUGUAUAUACAUGUUAAUGAAUACUCGUGAACAAUUAAGUACAUGACAAUAACUCAAUGGAUGUAUUAAAUAUCUUAUGGAUAGACUUUGAUUCUCACCACUUGUGACUCGAGUUCGGUUAUUGAUACUUUAACUAAGGAUAUUGUUUAAUAAUACAAAGUGUCUGUUAUUGUUAUUUACUCCGUGUAUAUCAAAUAAAGCGGUAAAUAACUUACUAUACGUACCCGUCUGAUACCUUUGUAAACACUUUGUUAGCUCAUUUUAAAUAGUAGUUUUUGUGGUCCAGAGUAAAUAGGUACAUUUUUUACAUGUAUGUUUGUUUUAACAACUAUUUUAAAAAGGUGUUUUUUGCUCUCAACAAUUAUUUACGAAACGUAUGAACUAUUUAGUUUUCUCACGGACGGAUGUAUUAGGGAUUUAGAUAAGAAUAAGUUCUAUUUAUAAGUUUUUUUUGUCUCCUCAUCAGAAAGGGGACUGGAGUAUUUGUGACUAACUUGAUUCGAGGACAGGUUAGGGGUCAAAUGGCGACGGGUCAGAUGUUCUACAGACCACAGCAUGACACUAGUUGUGGUGAAAUGAAGGUAACAACAAAUGUCGACAAACCAAGGUGUCUGAAAUGUGGAGAUCGUUGUCCUGGGCUAGAUCUUCAUUAUUGGAGAAAGAUCUGCAAGCACUGUCGUUGUGGACCAGAGGACCAUGACCUUACAGACGAUGACGACAAAGACAAGCAUCCAAUGAAUUUAGUCUUUGACGGUAACCAUAGUAUCGCACGUGAGCUGUCGUCAAGGUUACAUCGUCUAAAUAUAGAAGAUCCGGCCGUGCAGUCCGAGAUAGUAACGCCAGAGAAUGAUCUUGUUAUACACAGAAUUGUGGCUGAAAAUUUGAGAUCGCAAACAUAUAUAUCCAUGUUACCAAAAGACAAACAACUUUUUGCCGCGCAAUUGCGCAGACGACAAUUACAACGCCAACUUCCGCUUCAUGAUCUCCAUGCGAAAUUCUGUGACAGCCUGACUGAAAAAGAGUUGCAAAAAUUCCAGAAAUUUGCCGAGAAACGGAAAAACAAAGCUGUUGGAAUAGGAAAUGUUGGACCAGUACCCCAGAAUGGAUUAACUAGAUGUCAUAGAUGCGAAUUAACGAUAGACUCGAAAGGUUUCGCAAUGAUAACGAAUAGAAUGGGACCUUCCGCUUGUUUCCAUACCGGAUGUUUCACGUGUGCCACGUGCAAGGAAUUGCUUGUUGACAACAUCUACUUCUUCAGAACUGGUGAUAUCUAUUGUGGCCGCCACUAUGCAGAACUUGUGUAUCCGAGAUGUUCCGCAUGUGAUGAGAUAAUUUUCGCACGAGAAUAUACUCAAGCUGAGAACCAGGCGUGGCACGUGCAACAUUUUUGUUGUUGGUACUGUGAUACCCCCUUGGCGGGCCUCAGAUACAUCGCCCAACAAAACAACCCGUAUUGUGUUCAAUGUUUUGAUCGGCUAUAUAGUAAGGUGUGUAGCACGUGCAGUAGAACUAUCACGGCGGACUCGCCAGGCUUGUCACACGGGGAGUUUCACUGGCACGCAUGUCCUCAUUGUUUUUGUUGCUAUUGCUGCGGAACAAAUCUCAUUAACCAGCAGUUUCUACUGAAAGAUGGAAAAUUAUUCUGUAGUUUAGACUGUCGCCAUACUUUCGUAAACUCUCCGAAGAACGCUUUCCAGCGUCCUGUUCACAUCCAUCACCAUUAACUUAUAUUUGGUCAUUUAUGAACUGAUUUUUUCGCUGCUUAAAUACAUGGAGCUAGUCUGCUGUAUUUUGCCAUCAAUUCAUACUAAAAAGGAUUGGUGAAGAAAUAAAUAUUUUCUACAUUCAUAGACAUUGGUCCAGUUUUAAAGAGUAGAAAUUACUGGUUUGAUAGGCUUAACGGGCAAAGUCGUCCCUUUUCAUUAACAUAAUUAACAUAACAAACACAUUAUUGACCAAUUUUCCACUGCAGAACUUAUUUAAGACUCAUCCUCUGAAGUGGCCGAACCACCACAAGACACUAGUAUGCAACGUUAAUAUUUUUGCUUGAAAGCUAAUUUAUCCCUUUCUUUAACUUAAACUUGCGAGUUAAAACGGUCUUUGAAUACAUAGAUAGAUUAAAAUUGGAUGUAAAGUUUAAAAUGCUUUCUUGUUUAUGCUCAUAACUAUUUUCAAUCAUCUACUUUUAAAAUUCCUUCGCACUGAAAUAUAUGUCAGCAAACUCCCUUUAGAUGAUUGAAACCGUUGCAAAACUUAAAUCUAAAGCCGAACUGUUCUUAAAAAGAAUGUCGCACAACAAAAUUUUGUAUAUUUAUUGGUAAGAUUCAAAUCAAUGUAAAAGACGAAAAAACAAGUAUGACAUUGGGACAUAUACGGUAUUUUUAAAGGAACUCCACUGAGGUCCAAAAGCCUUUAAACAUAAAAUUUGAAUUUCUUACAUUGAUCAACUGGAACAUUAAAAAACGGAAAUAUAUUCAAAAGAUAAUAAGAAAUUUACUCAGAAAUAAAUUGAAAAUCGUAAUGUUGUGCUAUUCUGAACCCGCUUUUCAAUUUUGGGUCAUUUUUCACAAUAACAAUAAAUAUUAUGGAAAAAGCGAAUGGUCUGUUCAAAACUUUGCUCGUAAGUUAUUGGUCUAGACCUACAUCAAAUGGAAAAAAAAGCUCGAAAACUUAUAUCCAGUCCCGUCAUGUCAAGAAAACCUCAGUGGUGUCCCUUUAAUGCUUGAUUUUAAGACUGAAAACGUUCUUUGUAUAUAUAAAUUUAAUUUUAGAUCAAAGCUGAAAAGAAAAUGUAAAUAUGGAAGUGUUUUUAUAACUAGUGGUCUAACCUAUGAUAAUAAUAACGGGUUGUUGUUGUUGUUGAUGAUGUUGUUGAUAAUGAUCUAGUCUUUGGUGACAGUGCUCAAUCAUAUAUAUGUAUAUUCUAUGUGUAUAUCUUAAAAUAAAUAACAACAUUUUAUUAUUUAAUUUCAUUAUAUAUGUACUCUCUUUGUUUGACAUGAAUAAAAAUGAUUACUAUAAAAAUAG